UCCGAGUUCGCCGAGCGCCGAUUCUAUCCGCGCGCGCGCGCGCGUCCCGAGUCAUCUCAUGUGCUGAUUAGACGGAGUAGACCAGAGUAGACCAGCUGCUCAUGAUCCCUCUUCAGCUAGCUCAAGCCUCAGACAAAUUGAAGCCACAAAGAAGAGCGCUUAGCAUUAGUGUAGGUGAGUACGUGCAUGACGGCUUUGCUCCCUCGAGCUGGCAGGUUUGCUGCAGGAUGGCUGGACCGAACAAAUGCCGCCGAUACGAGGGGAGAGUGUGCAUAAUUACAGCAUCAACAGCAGGGAUCGGGCUCGGAAUUGCGAGGCGGCUUGCACAGGAAGGAGCUUCCGUCGUUAUAUCGUCCAGGAAAGAAAAAAACGUGAAUGAUGCAGUUGCUCAGCUCAAAAAGGAGGGGCUGGAGGCCUUUGGAGUGGUGUGUCAUGUUGGGAGCGCUGAGCACAGGAAGAAGCUGAUUGAUGAAACAAUCCAAAAGUAUGGCAAGAUCGACGUGUUUGUUUCCAAUGCUGCUGUCAACCCCGGCGUCGGUCCCAUACUGGACAUGGCAGAGUCGCAGCUGGACAAGAUUCUGGAGAUCAACGUCAAAGUUUCGGUCCUCCUAGUCCGGGAGGCCGCCCCACACAUCCCAUCAGGCGGUAGCAUCAUUCUCAUCUCGUCAAUCACAGCCUUCAACCCGGGGGCGCCUCUAGCUAUGUACGCAGUCAGCAAGACGGCUCUGCUAGGGCUGACGAGAGGCCUGGCGGCUGAGCUAGCUCCCAACGUCAGAGUCAACUGCGUCGCCCCGGGUAUUGUGCCCACGCACUUCGCAAGCGCUCUGGUAGCCAACGAGGCCUCGAAGAAAGCCAUGGAAGACCAGACCCUGCUUAAAAGACUUGGGACGCCCGAAGACAUUGCAGGGGCGGUGGCCUUUCUAGCCUCCGAUGAUGCCGCAUACGUAACAGGAGAGACCGUGGUUGUGGCUGGAGGGACGCAGUCAAGGCUCUGAGAGACGUCGGAAGCAACGAGUAACGUUUGAAGGUACCGCUUCCUAACGAAGUCCGAGAGUCCGAGUUCCAUGUAUAUAACGGGUAUAUUACGUUGAUAUGAAUCUGGCACGCUCACACUGUAAGGAUUUGUCGCAUGCAGAGUCUGCUGGUACAAAGACAUCUAAGGAUAAUCAUUGAGGAUUAAAAGAAGGGCUUGCGCGCGGAAUCGGACAGAAUGAUCCUGACAGGUCUUUUGCAUCACGCUUUGCAUCACCGCUGAGCGCCACCACAAAAAGCCUACACCUUAUGUUCAUGUAAGAUUGCUCAAACCGAAGCCUGAAUGGUUGAGCUCAGAAGGAGCUUGAUUCAAAAUGGAGUGUCAAAGACUCUACUGAAUAC